AUGUCUACCCCAGUUACCUUGGAUUACGCGGCAGUUGGUGGCAGGGGCUGUGGACUCCACUUUGCCGGUCCAAAGAAGAAGGUUUUAAACUGGGCGCCGCCAGCCAUCCCCGAAGUCGCUCGUCUGCUCGCCUACAGCCAUUCUGAUCCUGAGAUUGCUGACAAGAAGCGUUCUCCCGAUGAGGUCAUCGCACUAAUGGAUGAAGCGGGAGUUUCCCAUGUCUGUCUAUCCGCUUGGAGCCGCCCUGGCCAAAUGAUCUUCUCCAACGAGGAGGUUGCCAGGUAUACUCGGCCUUACCCGAAUCGGAUUUUUGGCCUUGCUGCUGUUGAUCUUCACAACCCUGUUAGGGCGGUCAAAGAGCUCGAGUACUACGUCAAGGUUGAAGGCUUUGUGGGCCUGAGAAUAGUUCCCUGGCUCUGGAACCUGCCGCCAACUGAUCCUCACUACUGGCCGCUUUUUGUCAAAUGCAUUGAACUUGACGUGCCGUUCCUCACCCAAGUUGGUCAUACGGCACCCGCAUGCCCCAGCGAGGUUGGGCGCCCAAUUCCAUACAUCGACACCAUUGCGCUCAAGUUCCCGGACCUCAAGAUAAUCAUGGGCCACAUAGGAUAUCCCUGGGCCGCAGAGACCGUGGCGGUUGCUUGGAAGCAUAAGAAUGUCUACAUCGACACUAGCGCAUGGUCACCAAAAUAUUAUGCACCGGAACUUAUCACGUUCGCCAAUACCACUGGGAGGACUAAAGUUAUGUUUGCAACGAACUUCCCACAGCUGGGACUCAAAGAAUGCGUUGACAAUGUCAACAACUACCUGGUCGGCAACAAGGGCGGGCUUAGAGAGACGUCAGUGAAGGAAUUUAUGGGAGAAAACGCUAUUCGAGUCCUGAAGCUGCCUCCUGUAAACUUGGAUAACCUUAGGGCCAACCUUUGA